AAAAAAAAAAAACAAACGCAACGCUGUUUACUUUUUCCUCUUCACAUUUGCUAAAAGAAAGAUUUCGCUGAUUUCUCAAGUGUAAACAACAAGUCACAAAAUCGGAUAUUUUGAAGGCCAUUUUGGUGAUAAUUGGAUCGGCCAGAACCCGAGUCAAACCAACUAUAUAUGGAUUUCCCCAAUGAUGAACGGUGGCGACGUCGAAGGCCGCAAGAGUUUUUCUUUGAUGUGCCUGCUGUAGAAGAUCCGGAAGCUCAUUUGGGACAGCUUAAAUGGUUUUCUUUUAAAGAAUUACAAGUUGCGACUGAUAACUUCAGCAAUAGGCAUGUGUUGGGUAGGGGUGGAUUGUAUAAUGUCUACAAAGGACGUCUAGCCAAUGGCUCAUUGGCUGCUGUAAAACGGAUGAAGGAAGAACAAACACAGGAUGGGGAGCUUCAGUUCCAAAUGGAAGUUGCGAUGGUUAGUAUGGCCGUUCAUCCUAAUCUCCUUCGUUUAACGGGAUAUUGCAUGACUCCAACAGAAAGGUUACUUGUUUACCCCUAUAUGGCCAAUGGAAGUGUUGCUUCCCAUUUGAGAGAACGACCGCCAAACAAGCCGCCAUUGGAUUGGCCUACGCGUAAACUGAUUGCAUUAGGGUCGGCUAGAGGACUUUCAUAUUUGCAUGAUCAUUGUGAUCCGAAGAUCAUUCAUCGUGAUGUUAGAGCGGAUAAUAUUAUGUUGGAUGAGGAGUUUGAGGCUGUUGUUGGAGGUUUUGGUUUGGCUAUACUAAUGGACUGCAAUGAUACAGAUGUCACGACAACUGUACAUGGCACCCUCGGGUGUAUUGCACCCGAGUAUCUCUCAACUGGAAAAGCAUCAGAAAAAACAGAUGUUUUUGGGUACGGGAUCAUGCUUUUGCAACUCAUUACUGGACAAAGAUUUUUCGAUCUUCGACCUGAUAACGAUAAUGACAUCAUGCUACUGGAUUGGAUGAACGGACACUUUAAAGAGAAGAUAUUGGAAAUGCUAGUUGAUCCCGAUUUGAAAACCAAUUAUGUAGUGACGGAGGUGGAACAGCUAAUUCAGGUGGCAUUGCAAUGUACACAAGGCUCACCAUUGGAGCGGCCAAAGAUGUCAGAUGUCGUAAGAAUGUUGGGAGGUGAUAGGCUGGGAGAAAGAUGGGACGAGUGGCAGAAUGAGGAACUUCUACAAUCUCUACAACCUACAAGCACUGAUUGGAUUAUUUAUGACUCAAUUAGUAACCUGCGACCCCUCGAAUUAUCUGGGCCUAGGUGAUUAUAGUCUUGAAGAAAUGAUCUUGUUGUAAUUGGGUUAUCUAAACCUCUUGGCACAUAUGACUAACAGUAUCAAGACAACUAAUUAGCUGCUCAUUACGGCGCGUUGUUGCAUUCAAUUUUGGUAUGCAUUUAGCAAGGUAUAUUGAGUACAUUUUUGGCUUGAUUAUGUUUAAUCCAGAAUUUAUUUUAGUA